AUUUCUUUAUUUCUCGUUUGUUGUUUCAAACCUCAAGGUUUCGUCUAAAAGCGAUUAUGAGCGUGAGGCUCCUAUAGCUAAUAAUAGAAUAGUACGCUGUCUUUUGAGGCAACUCUUAAACACUAGUCUGGAUAAAACCAGUGGGAAUUUAAGCACGGCAUUAGCAUUAGUUUUUUUCUGCAAAGUUAAUGUACGUAAUUAUACGAGCAAAAUAAAGUGAAAUGAAAUAUAACAACAACAAUGGAAACAUACUUCUGGACAGGAGAUAAACCCCUUUGACAAGUCCUAUACUUCGCUUAAUUGAGAGUUAGUGUAAAUUAUUUUGGGGUCGUUAAACAACAAAAGCAGUGUUUUUGGAUUAGGAUUUAGUAGAUUGGAAAGCAAAUGAGAUUGCAGAGAUCUAUAAAUAUCGCCCAGGGUAGUCAACGUUAGUACUUAAAGUUAUGCCUUUGGGGAAAUCUUUCGCAAAGAUACUCAGAGACCUACAAGCAAGACCUCCACUUCUGAGCAAUGGCUAUCCCAGCCCUCUGAAAAGCGGAUCAACUGGUCUUCACACCACUAAAGACAAGGGCUGACAUUAGGUUAAACGAUGGGGCAGUUCCAAAGUGAUCACAGAGAGGUUGAUAUUGCAGAGCUACAGGAAUUGUAUAAGACUUUUGUAGUGGAAUGCCCAAGUGGAGCUUUAUUUUUGCACGAGUUCAAAAGGUUUUUUGGAGUUACUGACACGACAGAGGAAUCCUUGUAUAUGGACAACAUGUUCAGGACAUUUGACACCAACGAGGACAAUACCAUCGACUUUUUGGAAUACGUUGCAGCUCUAAAUCUCGUCCUUAGAGGGAAACUUGAACACAAACUGCGGUGGUCCUUUAAAGUUUAUGACAAAGAUGGUAACGGAUGCCUUGAAAGAGAGGAACUGCGGCAAAUCAUAGCGGCAAUUUAUAGCAUCAAGACGGGUGCAACGGCAAAAGACGAAACCCCUCUCCUUACGCCCGAUGAAGUUUGUGAGAGAAUAUUCGAACUUGUUGACGAAAACGGUGAUGGCCAGCUUUCGCUAGAAGAGUUCAUCAAAGGUGCUCAGAAGGAUCAAUGGGUUAUGAAUAUGCUGAAGCUAAACGUGAAUCCAAGUGGGUGGGUUAUAGACAACAGGAGAAAACGGGCAUCUCUUUGACUAUUAACAAUGAUUUAACUUCCAGCUGGGUGUGGGAGAAAAUGCACCCAAGAGAGAAACUCAGAAGGGGAACUUUAAGUUUCUGCUAACAUGGCAACAUGGAUUAGCAGCAAUGUGAAGAGCUAACAUCAGAUUAAAGCACCAUUUCAGUUGAGGAAAGGACAGGUCUUCUUCACUGAUGGAUUUACGGGGCCAUCUUCAAGUAUCUUCAUAUUGUGUAUAUUUUAAACAUGGGCAUUUGCAUGCUCACAGCACUUUCUGAGCCAGAACAUUUUGUUGGUCCUCCAACAUGGCACCAGUUGAAUAGUCCUUUGGUACUGUCUUGGUUGUUGACUACAAUAUAAUCUGCUGUCUGGUAUCUGGAUUUGAAGGAUUUUGCAGUGCCAGAAUGGAACAGGCAUUGAAUCAACAUGGGUGCAUUGAGCGUAAUGACAUUUCCAAAUGCCAUCACAUUCAUUAUAAGCUAUUGUAACCAUGUAUGAUAUCACUACAACAUCACCAGCACUAUACUGCGCUACUAUCUUUUAUCCUUAGGUAACGUGGGUUUGUGAUUUUACAUGUUUUUAUACAAAGGCUUUUUAUUGUUUGUACAGAAUAAGAAUGUGUCAUUCAAGAUGAUUAACUUUAACAUUGUUCUGCUAUUUAUAUUGAACAAGGAAAUAAUCAAUAAGGAAAUAACUGUCCUGGAACUCAAACAUUAUAAAACCUAUCAGAUAUGUGUGAUAUUUUCACCAAACUGACCAGUUUGUGGAUUUAGCUUUACUGUAUUAUUGUUUUGGGGCUAGAUUGUGUUAUUUUUCUUUUGCCCGCUUUCUUCAGGUUCAUUUGUGGUCUUCAUUAUGCUUGCAUGGAGAUUUAUACAACUCCUAAUAUACAGUAAUGCCUCCCUUAAAGCCCCCUCUUGUAAUACAGGGUUUUCAGACAGGGUUUAGGGACUACUCUAAUAAAAGACUAUUUCU